AUGGCUUUCUUCAGCUGUUUCGGAGAGUGCUGGACCUUCAUCACCAGUCUCGUAAUGGGUGUGACGAUGGUGAUUGGUGUAAGCGCGGUAACUUCAGCACCCAGCUAUAUGUUGGACUACUACAAGUACGUCGCUGGGGAUGAGGGCACCGAGCCGAAAAACGAGAAAUUCUGGGAAACUGUGCUUACGUUUUACACGGUUGUUACCAUGGUGACUCAGACUAUUUUUGAACCGGUGAACCUCACGACCUUUUGCUGCCGAUUGUCGCUUCGAUUUCGCUUGCUGGCGUCUGGCGUGCUGAUGCUUCUGGAGUUGCUCGUUAUAUUGCUGCUGCCCACAUCGUCUGGGGUAUCCGAGGAAGGCGCCAUGGCUGCGGUGUUGCUGAUGGCGUUUGUGGGUGGUAUUGGACGAGUAUUUUAUGAAAACACUGGGUACGCACUGUUUGGACCUUGCCCGCCCACGAUGGGGGACGAUGAUAUUGGUGCAGAAGAAGAAGCCGGAUGCCCCAAGAGACGUUGCAGAGCUCCGCUCCAAAACAGAUUUGUUUCCGGCCAUAUUUACAAAGAAGUGGGAUGCAGAGUAUGCCCAAAGGCCUAUUUGAUGUUGUGGAUCUCGCCGAUGGAGCCAUUUAAAGAGGUCCUGUGGACGAUGCGCCCUCCGCUGCGGCGGUGGAGUGUGGAGGCGCCUUUGAAGGCCUCUGAACGGCGGAGUUGCUUAAGACGGCGAAACGCUGGCCAACCAUCGAGACAAUUUACCCUACACAAAUUCCAGUUAAUUUCAACUAGGUCGUCACGUGCCUUCUUGGUCCUGUAG